AAAACACCCGAACCUCUGUCGUCAACUGCCAGAGGAAUACCGCCACGAUGACUUGGUUCGGUAUCGCUCCGUUUAAGAAGUUCCCGACGCCAGUGUUGCGUCCCAUGGCUCCGUUCUUUGCUGCCGCCGCGGUUAUCGCGUACGGCGUCAACUCGGCCCAGAACGCCAUGAUGCAGUCCAACGAGUUCAAGAAUGAUCCUCGAAACCCUAACCUGAAGGCUGCUCACUAAGGGGGAGGGCGUGAGCGGCGACGGCAUGUGACGGCAUGUGACGGGCGAGAACGACAAGACGGCGUUUCUGAAGCGAUAUCCCCCACGGCGCUGUCCGAGGUACGGACAUGUAUCAUAGAGCAGCCAACGCCAAUUGAGCUGUUGUUUCCAUUCCGCGCGAAGUGAAGGUGGAAGCGGUCGGCCUACUACCGGUGCCAUGACCACCGUCGGUUGCGCCAUGCCCGAUGUUGGAUGCCCAAUGCUCGCUAUGCGGGCCUUGAGGUAUCUUGAGUUUCGUGAACGACCUGUUAGGUUGGCUACCAAGAUCUGCUGGGCGCACAGUCGCAUCAUUUGCCAGUUAACAUGCUGAUUUCAGCGUGUUUUAUCGGCAUCCACCAUCAUUCUCCCCAUUGAUGUGGAUGUUUUCGCUCCUGGCAUAUAUUAACAUACCCAUUGCUGGGCGCCCGCAUUGAGAGUUCGUCUUGAUACUCAACGAUGUGCUGGGAAUCAGUAGAGGUUACAUGCCAUACAAUCGGCGCUCUCUGUCUUACCCUUGGCUUCAUGGGCAUGAGCCGCGCUGUCUUGGCGAGGUGAUGGACUCGUGGUAUCUCCAUACAUAGCUAAUAUAUGGCAUCUCCACGACGGCCGUCCUUGCCUUCAGUUGGUUUGCCCAAUGCGGUUUGUACUGCGUAUGUAUGUACCAAGUUAAAAAUCUUCUGCGUUGGCUUCACAGGCUGUCGUC